CGGGGCGGCGCGUGUUGACAGCGGCGGCGGCGGCGGCGGCGGAGCCCGGCGGCGGCGGGAGUCGGCGCCUCUUGCGGCUGCCCCCGGUCCCGAGGCGGCGGCGGACAGGCGUCCCGGGAUGGCCUUCAUGGAGAAGCCGGCGGCCGGAAAGGUGCUGCUGGACGACACGGUGCCGCUGACAGCAGCCAUCGAGGCGAGCCAAAGCCUGCAGUCCCACACGGAGUAUAUCAUUCGGGUUCAAAGAGGAAUUUCUGUAGAAAACAGCUGGCAGAUCAUUAGGAGAUACAGUGACUUUGAUUUGCUGAACAACAGCUUGCAGAUUGCAGGCUUGAGUCUACCUCUUCCUCCCAAAAAAUUGAUUGGUAACAUGGAUCGUGAAUUCAUAGCUGAGAGGCAGAAGGGUCUUCAGAACUAUCUCAACGUCAUCACCACAAACCACAUCCUGUCUAAUUGUGAGCUGGUUAAGAAGUUUUUAGAUCCAAACAACUAUUCUGCAAACUACACUGAGAUUGCCUUACAACACGUUUCCAUGUUCUUCAGAUCAGAACCAAAGUGGGAAGUGGUAGAACCAUUGAAAGACAUAGGUUGGAGGAUAAGGAAGAAAUAUUUCUUGAUGAAGAUUAAAAACCAGCCAAAGGAACGGCUAGUGUUAAGCUGGGCUGACCUUGGCCCCGACAAGUAUCUGUCAGAUAAAGAUUUUCAGUGUCUAAUCAAACUUCUGCCUUCCUGUUCGCAUCCUUACAUCCAUCGGGUUACCUUUGCCACAGCUAAUGAAUCCUCAGCCUUGCUAAUUAGGAUGUUUAAUGAAAAAGGAACUUUGAAGGACCUGAUCUACAAGGCAAAACCGAAAGACCCGUUCCUAAAGAAGUACUGCAACCCUAAGAAGAUUCAAGGCCUUGAACUCCAGCAGAUAAAAACAUAUGGGCGGCAAAUAUUAGAGGUACUAAAGUUUCUACAUGACAAGGGAUUCCCUUAUGGGCAUCUUCAUGCCUCCAAUGUGAUGCUAGAUGGGGACACUUGCCGGCUGCUAGACCUUGAGAACUCCUUAUUAGGACUUCCUUCCUUCUACCGAUCUUAUUUCUCACAAUUCAGGAAAAUCAAUACAUUGGAAAGCGUGGACGUCCACUGCUUUGGCCACUUACUGUAUGAAAUGACUUAUGGGCGACCGCCAGACUCGGUGCCUGUGGACUCCUUCCCUCCGGCACCGUCUAUGGCUGUGGUGGCCGUCUUGGAGUCUACGCUGUCUUGUGAAGCCUGUAAAAAUGGCAUGCCCACCGUCUCCCGGCUCUUACAGAUGCCAUUAUUCAGUGAUGUUUUACUGACCAAUUCUGAAAAGCCACAGUUUAAGAUUCCCACAAAGUUAAAAGAGGCAUUGAAAAUUGCCAAAGAAUGUAUAGAAAAGAGACUAAUUGAAGAACAGAAACAGAUCCACCAGCAUCGAAGACUGAGAAGAGCUCAGUCUCACCAUGGAUCUGAAGAAGAAAGAAAAAAGAGAAAGAUUUUAGCUCGAAAGAAGUCAAAACGAUCUGCUGUUGAAAAUAGCGAAGAGCAUUCAGCAAAAUACAGCAACUCCAAUAAUUCAGCAGGAUCCGGGGCCAGCUCACCUCUCACAUCUCCAUCAUCACCAACUCCACCCUCUACAGCAGUUCCCAUUCUUAAAUAGAAAAUCUCCGCCUGAAGAACUUGUCCACCAAUGAGCAACGUCUCAAGCUUCUGUUCUGUGCAAGGCAUCAGGGAGCUACAAACAGCUAGUAGCGUCAUGUUACUGUAUCCUUGGGAAAGGCUCGGUAAAUUCUUGUGGGUAGAUUUGCUUGGGCUUGCUCUGCCUUCAAGGCUUCUGCUGGGGGAGGGCAAGACUGUCAGCCUAGGGGUGGCAACUUCUGGCUGGUCAGCCCCUGCUUAGACUGGUCCUUCCUUGCAGGACAGGAGGCCGGGCUUCUCACUGGUCUCAUCUUUCUUGCUGCCUCUCUGCACACUGCCCAUCUUGUUGCUGGAAUCACAUUUACUCCAAUUUAUGUCUUUGGGCCAAGUUUAUGAUUUAUCUGGGAACUAAGUCAAGGAUAGUGUCUUCCAGCUUUGGGAUGAAAUGCAAUUUUCUCAGAAAAUGAAGGAAAAUUCUUCAUUUUUAAGAGCUAGUAUUAAAAAAGAAUUCCUGCUAAAGAUAGCUUCUCAAACACAACUCAAUCUGUGAGCCCUUGGGAACUACGCCUUGAGACGGGGAACCUAAACUUGAGGGCCACCUCAGGGUUGCUAAUUCUGGGACCCUUGACCUUCUUGUGUCCCAUUUGUCAGUGAGGAUAAUAAGAGUGCCUGUCUAGUUGGGUUAUUACAAGGAUCAGGUGAGUUCCAUGCAUACAGGGUUAGAACAGCGCCUGGCACACAGUAAGACCCCGGUACACUGUUAGUUACCGGGAGACCUUGAAUGAGUCACUUUCCAUGUCUGAGUUUUGGCCACCUCCUCUGUAAAAGGCAAAAGAGUGGGACUUAGAGGAGACCAUCUCACCAUUCCUUCUAGUCAAGCAUAUUCUGACUCCAUGGUGGACCCUGCCCUUUGGCAGUUUGCUCAGCAGUAGAUCAACUUAGGCAAGUUCAGUUCGACAGCACUGCCUUUCUUCCCGAAAGCGUCAGUUUUAAGCACAUUCAUGGUAGCUGAGGGUAGCCCUAAGCUCAGUUACUUUUGGGAUGGGGCAGAAGUGACAGAUGUUUCAAAGUGAAGGGGUCUUACUCUCAUGAGCCCUUUCCAGCAUUUGUGUGAGGGCUGGGGCCUCUCCCAUUUCUGACUGCACCUCUCUGCCAGGGGACCCCUUCCCAAGGCCCUUACCAAGUGGAUGGGAGAAAUGUUAUUUCCCUAAGUCUGCUGGCGAUUCCAUCAGGUGGGGCGGGAUUCUCUAAAACUCUUUUUUUCAGUGAGAAUAUUCCUAGCACUUUCUUUUCCGCUAAAGGUUAUGUUUCCUGCCUCCAGAAGGUCACUCUUUCAAGAACUUUAAAAUUCUUUAUCCUGACUUAUUUCACGGUAAAUGUCACCAACUAGUGUUUACACUCUGUAUUUAUAGAGCUGAGUGGUUUAGAAGGUCCCAGUCCGCUACAUGCAGACACCCCUCCCACCUUCCCUUUGGGAGCAGACAAGCUUGUUGCCUUGCUAUUGUAUGUGUAUGUGUGUAUGUGUGUGUUUUUCAAACAGGUUUGCAAAAGAGUAUUUUGGGAAAGCUAAGAAAGCAGGAGACCCUAAAUUCUUCUUGUUACUGUUUUUAAUAAUCAUAUUUAACAUAUUUUGAGCACUUAUUUGGUGCUAGGCACUGCUCUACGUGAUUUAUACUCAUUGUUUCGUUUAAUCCUCAUGGAUACCUUCCUAUCCAAUGAUAAUGGAUUCUAUUAUAGCUCCAUUUGACAAAGAAACUGAGGCUCUGGUGGGGUAAAGGACUCUGACCAAGGUCACACAAGUAGGGGAUGCCAGAGCCAGGAUUCAAACCCGGUUCUGUCUUUGCUCAGCCAGCCCACUGAUUUUGCUUGAGUGCCUGCUCUCCAGUGCACUGCAGGGCUGUGCUGUGAAAUACUGCGCUUAGCUGGCAUGAAAAGAACCCUGAAAGUAGGGUCAGAAACCCUGAGCUUGGGUCACAGCUCUGACGCUGUCUGCUGUGACCUUGGAAAAGUAAUUUCCAUUCUUUGAAGCUGUCUUUUAAAAGAAUUCCUGGUUUUUAUUAGGUUGGUAAUGUACACGACAAGGCUUGAUAAGCCAGAAAGUACUGUCAGGGAUAAGUUACGAAUGCCCUGGAAGAGAAUUCUAGCCCGUCUUGCUUGCAGUGUAUAUUUUAAGCAAUAAUUUUGCAGAGAGAGAGCUGGCAGUUUUUAGAAAACCCAGUCUGUACAGAUGACUGGAGAGGGAGGGAAGGUCCUGUCUGGAGAGCUGGAGAUGGGCAAAUGGCCUUACGUGCACAGAGUGCCCGAGAGCUUGAACAACAGGACAGAAGGUUAAGAAUAAGUAAGGCACAAAAAGAGAUGAAUUUAUUUAGAAUGUUGGAGUUUCCAGAAUUUGUGUAGCCAAAUCAAAGUCUGAAAGCUAUUCUAGGUUCAAAAUCCAUAUCUCUGGCCAUAAGAAUUGCCUCUUUUUCUCAAAACCCACUCAUGCACAAGUCAGUCACCAUCUUUGGGAGGAACAGGUCUGCCCUGCAGUGCUUCUCUGAAGAGUGUGUUGGCUCUCUUCUCUCUUGCCCACUCACAUCCCUCUUCCCCCCGCUUCCAAGCCCAAGUGUGUGAGCCUUUUCCUGGAGCCGUCACUGCUGCGGAUGGGGGUGGGGCAGGGCAGUGUCCCCAGCAUCCUCCCAGAGCCAUUACAUGCAAGUAGUUGGCCUGCGUGCUGCCCCACGGGGCCUCAGUUCCUGGCCUCUCCCCAGAGGAAGAGAUUUUCCGUUGGGCUCUGGGGCAGAUCGGUCUGUUGGGAACUCUGGGAUUCACUGACGGGGAAAGCAUCAUGCUUCAUGUGUAACCUGAAAUCUAGUCAGUUAAAAAGAAGAUAGGAAAAACAUUUGCCCUGCUUUUUUCUUUUUUUAAUGGUUUUAGAGCCUUAAGUAGACUAAUGCCGCUCACUGCCUACUUCAGCGUCUAGAGCCCAGCAGCCUUCAGGGGAGGGGCCACAUGCCCCACCUUAGACCUGCCCUGUGCCCUUGUUCCUCUCAACUUUACAAAGAAAAGUCUCCACUUUAGACUAUAGAGACUUGCUUGGAAAAAAAUAGUGAGUUCUCCUUUUUCUCCCCUCUUGAUAAACUGUCCUUAUUCACUAAUAGGGCUGAGUACGCUCCUGGGACCCAUUCCACUUUUCCGGAGAGGUAAAACCUUCACAGGUCUUCUGACAGGAGUCUUGUGCUGGUAAAUAAAUAAAAAUAGCACCUAACUGCCUCAGAAAAAAGAAAAAAAAGGAAUGUGCAGAGGAAAGCGACUGGUUGCUGUAUUAGUAUGCUUGCCAUGUUCAAAAGGGUCACAAUCGUGUUUACAGACCAGUACAUUUGUGGUUAAGUGUGUCCUAGUUUGGCAGGGAGAAUAAUCAAUACGUGAUUCAGACUAAUAUUUUACUGUCUCUUAGUAUUUGGUUAAAUGACACUAAAAUCUGAAUAAUGACGUGUGUCCCUUCUCUCUCUCUCUCUCUCUCUCUUUGCU